GGAAAGGGGGGGGGGGGGGUCUUGAGGACGGCAUGGUGAAAGGCAGGCAGAGGCAGAGGCAGGGAGCGCCUUCGUGCUUUCGUGGGGUGGGGUGGGAGGGUGGGCUCAAUUUUCCUGUUCCUCUUUCCUCUGUGCUUUCCUUUUUUCUUUCUUGCUUUUUAGACGAUACUGCGGGGAAGGCAGUGGACGGUGGACUGUGGCCGGCGGUGGAGGUUGGAGGGUUGCUGGUGGUGGUGGUGGUGGUGGGACGGCGAACGCAGAUCCCACUAUGAAGUAUCGCCAUAGCUACUCCCGGUAACUUCCAG